AUGGAGGGGGAACCAGAGGAUUUUGACGAGGAUUUUAAGGAAGAACGCAAGACAACCUUAUUGUGGGAAAAGUGCAUCCAGCAGAGAAUCGUGGUGGAUCUGAGUGAGGAUGAAAGUCUCCACCUCAGUGAUCUGCGGGCUUCUUCUUUAGCUUUGCAUCUGUCGCAGGACGAAUCUGCCGUAUCAGAGGCCGGCAUCCAUUUCAGUGAUGACAUCGCCUCAGACGCCAUAAUUGUAAGGAGUGAGAUGGAGCUCCCAAUGAAGAGCAGCAUUUUGCAGAAUGAGGAACUUCUAAACCAGCCAUAUGAGGACCCUGGGCAAAAUACUAGUGAUGAGGAUCAGGAGGACCUCCCUUACGAUGGCAAUCUUGGCAGUCCUUACUUCUCCUGCAUAAAUAGUGCUCGAAGAAACGUGACCUCCGAUCAAAGACAAAUGUCAACAAAAAAUCAGUCUCCUGAUGGAUCUCAUGUGGAGAAAGUAGAAGAAGAACAUAAACAGAAUGAAGAGGUAGCCCCACCAAGCACUCAUCCUCCAGUUGACAUUAACAAGUUGAUGCUGCGACAUUUCUCCCGGGAAGAGUUGUUGCAGACUGGAAGGCUGAUUGAAGCCGAGACCCUUCCAGAGGUCUCCCUGCUGGAGAGUGCCGACAGUGACGGCAACGAACAAAGAGAAGGUUUGGAGGAGGACAACACAGCGUCCAGUCGAGAUGAGAGUGACGUGACACCAUCUAAAUGUGAAGAGUGUGAAGUUCCCAUCAGGAAAAUGUCACAUUUGCGCAGCAGGUCCUUCGGUGAGCUAAAGUACGGCCAGGGUCAAGUCCAUUAUCCUCUCCCUGACUUCUCCAAGGUUGCCCCUAAGGUCAAAAUUCCAAAGAUUCCCAGUAGUCCAGUCAGAUUCAUUCCUCAAGUCCCCAGUCCCAUGAUCCGAGCCCAGUCCUCCCCAGGAAUCUUAGACGUGAUCAGCAGGGUCCUGGAGGAUUCAGACCUUCUGCCUUCAGAGAAGCCUCAAGUUCUCAAAGACACGAAUGAGCAGACCAGUCCUUCCUUGGUGCAUCACUUACAGGCUGAAUAUGAUAAGCUACUGACCAAAUAUGCCAGGGCUGAGAAUCUCAUAGAUAAAAUUAGGUUAGGAACCAAUGUUUCCUCAGACAUUUGCGUCAAAGAUGACCUAGGAAACUCCAGUGAGGGUAGCCAUGUUGGACCUGUAGCUCCGCACAUUCCAACAUCGGGGAACAUUGUUGAAAAAGUAAAAACAACUAACCAGGAUGAGAUGGAGCCUAACAAUAAGUCUCAUCAAGAAUGUACCAAUGAGGCUGAAAAAAUGACUGCUGAGCUGAGAGCUGUCAUUAGCCAGUUCAUGCAGAUGGUGGAUGACUUCAAGCAGAGUGUAAACAACAUGUCGGUUAGCACAGAAGAACAACAAAUGAUGCUGAGGAGCUUGAUGGAAGCUCAGGACCAGUUGGAAAGAAAAUACAUGAGCAAGAAGGAAGAGCACCGAACUCUGGAGAUGCAGAAUUAUUUGGGCCUGUGCAACAACAUCGGACCUUUUGACCCAAACAGGCUGCUGGAAGGAGAUCUAUUCAGAGUGGGUAUGCACCUGGAGGAUAUUAAGGAGAUGAUCGACAAAAACACGCGUGAGAAGAUUGUCCCGCCUCUCUUAUCGUCUACUCCCAAAGAAAAAACUAACAACCUGUCAGUGAAGGCCUCACCUCCACCAUCACUACAUGAGGGGUCAAGUGUAUGUCUGACCACUGAAUGUUUUAGAACGGAAACAAAGACUGAGGUACAAAAGGAGGACGAAGAUGAGACCAGUAGAAAUGAUGGAUUGGAGGAAAGGAGUGAGGUCAUCAUCAAUGACUCAAUGCAAGUCAGUAACAAGUUUUCUGUUUGCUCGGGGGUCUCUGCGGAGGGACUUCUAGAUGCUAAGGAUGAGGAGAACUGUGACAAAAAGAGAGAAUCUGCCUUGUUGGAAGGGAGUGCUAGCAAUGACACUUGGGAUGGAAUCAGUGGGAAAGGGACGCAGAGAAGUGAGGCUAUCCUGGCCUUGCAGGUAGAGGUGUCCAGGCUGAAGAAGGACCUGGAAGAAGGUCUGGUCCAGUUGCCUCACCUGGCAAGGAAGAUGGAUAACCUGGCCUCCAAAUACAGUCAAGAUCGUCAGGAGCGUAGGCCCAAGACCAAAGCCAGGACCCACCCUAAGCCAAUCAGCAAUUUUGCCUCUCGUCAGUUGAGACUAGAAGACUGGAUUUCAACAGAUAUGGACCCCAGCAAGAGUACAGACAGUGGAGGCGCAGAGACGAUGUUGCAGUUUGUGGGAGGCAAGAGAGUCAUCAGGAAACAGGAGACACAGCAAGGCAACCAAGAGGCCAUCAUGGAGAGACUUUACUCCAACAACAUGCGGUCUCUUCCCUCACCUCAGUCCACCAAAAAGUCCCUGCUCCAGGCCAGCUAUGGCUCCUCCUGCAGUCUACCUGCAAGCUACAAAGUGAAGGAACCUCCACCGCACGUGACCAAUCACCGGAAGCGUUCCACCCAGUCAGACACAGCGUUGCUGCCCAGCAAUGUGUACUUUCAGCACACUCUGUCCCCUGUAUUUCAAAGGUCUAGCAGCAGGACAGGAAGCAAGAAGCAGGAGGUGAACUGGUCUUUGGACCAGGCCAUUGAGGCCGCCCGCAGCAUGAAGAGGAUAACGGACCGCAUGGCCAAGAGACUGAUGGCAGACCUGGCCAAAACUCCACUUCUCCCGCAGGGGAAUUUACCACAUUCUGCCACGAGGGCCCAAGAAACAUCGAAUGUCUUCAUGCAAAGGGAACAUAGGAGGAUCACAAGAGACAGUUUCUUUAACUAG